AUGGGGAUGAGGGAUAAUCUGAGCCCUGUGCCCAUGAGCAUGACGCAGGAUGACCCUGGAGAGUCAGGAACAUUGCCAGGUCCUAAUGCUGGCAUUCAGGACACAGGAUCAGCUGCUCAGCUGAAGCUGAAGCCCAGGAAGGUGUGCAAGAUCAAGGCCCUUGUCAUCGAUCUGGGCUCCCAGUACUGUAAGUGUGGCUAUGCUGGAGAGCCGAGGCCCACCUACUUCGUCUCCUCCACUGUGGGCAAGUGCUGCUCUGAGGCAGCUGACGCUCGUGGCACCUGCAGGGAGACCUACGUGGGCCACGAGCUGUUCCACGUGGAGGCGCCUCUGAAGCUGAUUAACCCACUACAGCACGGCAUCGUGGUGGACUGGGACUGUGUCCAGAACAUCUGGGAGUACAUCUUCCACACGGCCAUGAAGAUCCUUCCUGAGGAGCAUGCUGUGCUGGUCUCCGACCCCCCACUCAGCCCCAGCAGCAACCGGGAGAAGUAUGCGGAGCUCAUAUUUGAGACCUUUGGCAUCCCUGCCAUGCAUGUGACAUCCCAGUCGCUGCUCUCUGUCUACUCCUAUGGCAAGACCUCAGGGCUGGUGGUGGAGAGCGGGCACGGAGUCUCACACGUCAUGCCCAUCUCGAAGGGCGACGUGCUGCCAGGCCUGACCAGCCGCGCCGACUAUGCCGGGUGCGACCUCACCAACUACCUGCUGCAGCUGCUCAACGAGGCCGGCCACAAGUUCACAGACGAUCACCUACACAUCGUUGAGCACAUCAAGAAGAAGUGCUGCUACUCGGCGCUCAUGCCAGAGGAGGAGCGCGGCCUAGCCGUGGAGGAGCUGCGUGUGGACUACGAGCUGCCACAUGGCAAGCUCAUCACCAUCAGCCAGGAGCGCUUCCAGUGCGCCGAGAUGCUCUUCAAACCCACCCUGGUGGGCAGCAGCCAGCCCGGCCUCCCCGCGUUCACAGCUGCCUGCCUGGACCGCUGCCAGGAGGCGGGCUUCGAGGAGGAGAUGGCUGCCAACAUGCUGCUCUGUGGUGGCUGCACCAUGCUGGACGGCUUCCCCGAGCGCUCCCAGAGGGAGCUGAGCCUCCUCUGCCCCGGGGACAGCCCUGCAGUGGUGGCUGUGCCUGAGAGGAAGACCUCCGUGUGGACCGGCGGCUCCAUCCUGGCCUCACUGCAGGCCUUCCAGCAGCUCUGGGUCAGCAGGGAGGAGUUUGAGGAGCGGGGCAGCGCAGCCAUCUACAGCAAGUGCUGA